AUGUCCGAUCCGUCGUUGGGUGCUACCGAUGGUAGUGUUACAGCCAAGCGAAAGCGCGAUAGUACCGAUAGCACCGGUCCAGAUGCCCAGCGUCUGAAUCGAUCUUCCAAUGGGAGCAACGGCAGCAUUCCCGCCCCAGAUACUCAGCCGAACUUCGCCCAUAGCUCUCUUGGAUCCUAUGACGCGCAUCUUCCAAGCGCUACGACAGAACUCAACAUCGACCAGCAAAUUCUGCAACAUGUUGGUCCUCAAAACGGUAUCUCGGAUGACAAUGCCCUCACUGCCAAGGCGGCACUCGCCGCCCACACCCCUCAGAACAAAUACCCGCCUCCCCCGGAUGCGACCUUUGACAAUAAUCUCGCCCACGGCUUGACGUUCGGAGACGACAUGGGCCAGGCUAUCGGCUCCGCACAUGGUCACAAUUCUACUGCUGCCGCCGUCUACGCUGCUCGCGAAGCACAGAGCAUGAACCAGAAGCCUUCCGUAGGUUCUCCGGAAUGGCAUCAGAUCCGUAAAAACAAUCACAAAGAAGUGGAGCGGCGACGCCGUGAGGCGAUCAAUGAGGGCAUCAAUCAGAUUGCUCGCCUUGUCCCCAACUGUGACAAGAACAAGGGCGCCAUCCUGCAACGCGCAAUUGAAUAUAUAUGCCAACUACACGAAGAAAAGAAAGCCAUGAGUGAACGCUGGGAUCAGAACAAUAUGACCACAAGCCAUGCUAUCAACGAAAUUAGUUCGCAGAACUCCAAACUGAAGAUUGAGGUCAACCGUCGGGGUGACAUUGCGCUGAAGUGGUUGCAGCGCUGCCGCGACGCAGGUCUUGAGUUCGAAGACUACGAAGACUCGAAGGAGCUGGAGCCCCUUGACAUUGACCAAGGCCAGGUUUAA